AUGGCUUCACAAAUCGUAGAUGAUGUUUCCUCGAAAAGUGCGCUUACCCAGGAAAACUAUGAGUUUCGGAGGCAACUAGAAAUCGUCCGGCAGAUGGAAGCAGAAUAUCUGGAUGAGAUUGAACAGUUGAAACAUGCUAUUGAAACAAAAGCUGAGCAGUCCGUGAAAGUUCACACGGACCCAGAUCGAAGUAUAUUAGUCCAACUGGAAGACCGUGCUCAAAGCGCUGAACGGAAAGUUAUUCAGUUACAGAUGGAGCUGUGUUCUUCACAACAGAAUCUUGUUCACGUUGAAGACAAGCUGGCAACAGCGGAAUUCAGACUAGAUACGAGGAACUUGGAAAUAUCUUCGCACAAAUCCGAACAAGAUGAUCUGGAUCGCGCUGCACUCGUUGAAGAGGUGUCUCGUUUAAAUGAAGAGCUGGCACAUGUACGGGCACAACAUCAGUUCGAUGUGGGCAGAUUAGAACGUCAACUUGUCGAGGCGGAGGAAGAUCGCUCGGGGCUUCAAGGUGAUCUAGCCGACCUGGAGCGCCAUCUCAAGGAGGCACGGAUUGAGCUUUCCGACGCACGGGCUCAACUAGAAGCUGUGGAAUUGCAAUCCAACUGCGCCGCAGUAACUCGUGGCAAUUCCGCGUUCAGUGAGGUGGAAGAUCGUCGCAUUCGUGCUGAGCGACUCGUACUGCAACAGCGUCAGAUGAUAGAAGAGCUGAAAUUGGAGUUAGAAAGAGUACAAGCUGAGUCAAAGCGCAGGUUGCUGAGCGAAGUACAGAACCUCGAGGUUCGUUACCGCGAACGUGACACCAAAUUCACGGAUAAUCUGGUGGCUGAACGCGAACGAUUGCAAGCCGAGAACCGUGCUUUGACGCUUCAGCUCCAACAACUGGAGGAACUACAACUGGACGCGAACGUCGCGCCGUGA